UUUUUUAGUACUCUCUCCCUAAAAUUUCUUCUGCUUCUCCUGGAUCCGGUCUGAGAAAAAAAAAAAAAAAAUCUUCAAUCCACAAUCUAUCCAUGUAGAGAUAAUCUCUCGGAGAAGAGGAAUCAAUUAUGUCUGAAGUUUCAUGGAAAGUCAUUUAAUUUUCCCGGAAAGUUAGAGAAGUUUUUACGGAAAUGGACGAGACUUUCUUCGAUCUGAUGGAGCUUUGGAAGAAACCCUCGAUCACCGAAACAUUCGUCGACAUUUUGCUUUGUGCAGUGCCUAUAUGGCUCGCCGUCAUGAUCGGCCUCGUUAUUGGCUGGUCGUGGCGCCCCAGGUGGACUGGCUUGGUUUUCCUUGGCCUUCGAAGCAAGUUCAGGUUUUUGUGGACGGCGCCCCCGGGGUUUGGAGCUCGACGGCUCUGGUUGGCUUUCACGGCUCUCUCGGCUUUCUCUGUUUGCCGCACCAUCUGGUCCAAUUUCAAGGGUAAGAAUGGAAAAUCAGCGGCGACGGCAUCAACUUCCGCAUCGACGCUGCCGGCCUUGGCGAGAAAUUCGGGUGAGGGUGGCAGUGAUUCUAUUAGCUCCCAUAGUGAACCUCAGGCAGGAGAGGAAAUUGUCACAGAGAAUGAUUUAGAACACCUGUUGCAUCUUCUUGAGGGUAAGGAUGGACAAAUGGAAUGGCAAUCUAUGAUGGAAAGGUCUACCGCGAACAUGGCAUAUCAAGCUUGGUGCCUUGAGCAUCAGACAGGUCCUACUAUAUUUCGUAGUAAAACUAUAUUUGAGGAUGCAACUGCAGAACUGGUUAGAGAUUUCUUCUGGGAUGAUGAGUUUCGACUUAAAUGGGAUCCGAUGCUUGCAUACUUCGAAAUAUUAGAGGAAUUCCCUUGUACAGGGACGAUGAUUGUUAACUGGAUAAAAAAGUUCCCAUUUUUCUGCAGUGAUCGUGAAUAUAUCAUUGGUCGAAGAAUAUGGGAGGCUGGGAAAACAUAUUAUUGUGUGACCAAGGGGGUGCCAUAUCCUGGCCUGCCCAAGCGUGACAAGCCAAGGCGUGUGGAGCAUUAUUUCUCGAGUUGGGUUAUCAGGGCUGUGGAAUCUCGAAAAGGAGAUGGACAGAUGUCUGGAUGUGAAGUUAUCCUUUUACAUUGUGAGGAUAUGGGAAUCCCCAAAGAUGUGGCUAAGCUGGGAUUGCGUCAUGGUAUGUGGGGAACUGUCAAGAAGUUGCACUCUGGCAUGAGGGCAUAUCAGAAUGCUAGGAUAUCAGAGGCUUCAUUGUCAAGAAGCGCACUCAUGGCGAGAAUUACAACAAAAAUUUCUUUUGACGAAAGUAUGGACUCUUCAGAGCCUGUGACUGGCGAAGUGGAUAAAGGUCAAGUGGUAGACAUUAAAAGACACAAGGAUCAUGGCAUUGACUGGAAAUGGAUAGUUAUAGGAGGAACAGUAGCUCUGGUGUGUGGACUUCAUUCUGGUGCUGUUGGAAAGGGCUUGUUGCUUGGUGCAGGGCAAAGAAUUGCGCGGAGAUGAGAGUUUUCUAGUUGAAGGACAUUUUAGCUCUAUUUGAUUUUCAAGGAUUUGUAAAAUUGUAUUCAACUAACUAGCUGAGGUAUCAAUGAUCAUUAUCAAAAGAUCAAUGAUGUGUUAUUAAA